AGUUACAUAUAUUGGACGAGCUGGGGAGCAACACCAAUAAUCGAGCGAGCUAGACUUGACGGUAGCGACCGGGAAGUAUUUAUCAACAAUAGUGUAUAUCUUCCAAACGCCUUGGCAAUUAACGAAGCAGAUAAAAAACUUUACUUGGCGGGAACGGAUGCGAAUAACUACGGAAUUAUUGAAGCUGUUUCAUUAGAAGGUUUAAAUCGCACCGUGAUUUUCAACCGAACUGGAUUCAUCCCAACUGCUUUGGACUUUUACCAAGACUUUUUGUAUUGGUCGGACUCAAAGAAGAAUGCAGUACUACGCCUUUCUCACCAGGGAGGAGAGGGUACAGUUCUUAUUAAUGGAUUGAGAAACCCAAUGGGAGUAAAGAUUUUCCAUAACCGCAAAGAAAGUUCGGGUAAGAAAUAA